CGACAGUAUGACAGCGGCCACGCCUAAAAAAGUCUAAGUCAGCAUCCCAUUCGAGGCAGCUUCAUUCUAGCACUUUAGAGGAACUGACUGGGCUGCUCCCAGUAAGCUGUUUCUGCAAUAUUGUGCUCCAGUUCUUUCCUGUACAUCAUCUUCCUGUCAUUUCUUUCAGCAGGAUAUGCAGCCACUUCAGGGAGCGCACAGAGGUCUCCAUAUUGCCAUGCAAGCACAUGCUUUGCUUGCUGUUAGCUUGUUUCGUACCUUCGAAGAAUUUUGGGGAAAUUAAAACUGAUCUCUGUAUUUUCAUCUCCCUCUCCUGCCAGGGAUAAAACAGUUCACAUACGGCUUCGCCUUCGUCUACUAAAUCACUCUCCUGCUGAAUUUCACGAUCCCGGUACAUUUUCCUGGCUAACCUAAAUGGAAUUCUAAACAGAAAGGAGUCGGAGUCAGAGUCGGAGUCGGACAGUAGAAAAAUAGAGGAGUCUGAGUCGAAGGUUUGGCGUACCAACUCCACAACCCUGGUUUCAGCUCCAGUUCUGAAAGCUGGCGAGGUCACAUAUGUGUGAGCAAAGGUUUGGCCUCUCUUAUAUCGAACAUGCCCACAUUACAUUUGAUGAUAGGAUUGGACAACUACCUUCCCUUCUCUUCUAGACACAAGAAAGUUACCGUAAACCGCCCAGAGAGCUUCGGCUACGGGGCGGUAUAUAAAUACAGUAAAUAAAUAAAUAAGAAACAAUGAGGGGGGGAACCUCCCCUUCUCCAUUGGCAAUACUCCAGAGGGAGUCAACAUGCAGAUUUGGGGGCGAGGCCACAAAGAAACAGCGAUACAAACCCUUUCCAGAGGAACGCCGUGUGAACUGAAAGCAAAAGAAAAACCAUAUUGGAAGCUGGGGAGUGUAAACCUUCCAAAGCUAUCGCGAUGGCAAAAGUUACAGGCACUUUGUUACAACAUCUAAAGGAGAUGAUGAGUCGCUAUAGAAGGAUGACUUCGCUGGUGCUAGUCACUUUUCUAACCAUCCUGUCAUUUGGAGCGUACUUCUGGCUGAUGCAAACCCCUUUCCUGGUGAAAACAAAGCCGUCAACUGAUCUCUGCAAAGGUGAGAUUGUCAACGAGACAAUAACAGCUUUACAGUACAAUAAAACAUUAAUCAUUUCACCGUAUCAUGACGACAGACAGCAAAACCUAACCCGUGUGAUCGCAAUAGUGCACUACAAGAAAAUACAGGACCUCUAUUGCUGGUUUUGCUGUAGUCACGAUGGCCAUGUCUCUAUAAUAAGAGCCACUGUAGACAUUCACUUGGAUAGGACUGAAUUCCCUGUUGGGAUGGCAGACAUAGUGUGCUUGGAACCAAGAGGGUGUUUUCCAAAAUAUGUCUCAAUUCAUUCAUCACCUAGAGGAAAAAUCGACAAGAUACCAAGAUUUGAAAUUAGAAACCGUGUGCCCAGGGAUUCUUUUUCCGCUGAAUUCACUGUUUGUCUCUCUGGCAUGUUUGGAAACGACAGCAAUGUCUUGCAGUUCAUACAAAGCAUGGAAAUGUAUAAAAUUCUUGGUGCACAGAAAGUGUUGAUCUACAUGUACAGCUGCAGCCAGCUCAUACAGAAGUUACUGAAGUUUUAUGUUGCAGAAGGCACCGUUGAGAUCAUACCGUGGCCAAUUCUUUCACAUGUUAACUUCUCUUCUUUCUGGUAUUCACCCAAGGAUUGGUACUAUGGGAAAACAACAGUCGUAAACGAUUGCAUCUACCGCAAUAUGUACAGGAGCAAAUAUGUAAUUCUUAACGACAUUGAUGAAAUUAUCCUACCUAUUAAAUAUCCGAGUUGGAAAACAAUGAUCAGCAAUCUUGAGGAUCAAAAUCCAGGGACAGGCAUCUUCUUGUUUGAGAAUUAUUUAUUUCCCCAGAAUGUAUUUUCCUCUAUCGACACAUUCAAAAUCUCAUUCUGGAAAAUUGUCCCAGGUGCUAAUAUACUGCAGCAUAUUUACAGAGAGCCCACUAGACUGCGGUUCAGUAAUCAGAGAAAAAUGAUUGUUAAUCCGAGAAAAGUGGUUCAGACUUCCCUCCACUCUGUUCUCAAGGGUUACGGUAGGACACUGGAAGUUCCAAGAGAGAUUGCAAUUCUUUACCAUUGCAGAAAGCACACUAAAAAAGAGAUCCCUCGAAAAUAUCUCAUUAGGGAUGCAUCAAUCUGGAGGUACAAUAUGUCUUUGAUCAACAAUGUUAACAAAGUACUUAAAGAACAAUUCCCUAGAAAGAGUUUCAAGUCCAUUUGGAAGAAAUUCUAAGAAAAUAUUGCAACUGUCUUAUAAAUAGUUCUAUUUUUACAUGUACAAAAUUACUUACUGACAAAUUGUUUUUACAGUCCAGAUAUCAUGCAGCACCUGGAGAUGUGUUUGUGGAGAUCAGCCUAUAGCUGUAAAAAGCUGCAGUUGGUAUUCCAUGUUAGUCCUACUUAGAAUAGACCAGUUAAAUUGAUGGACAUGACUAACAGAGGCAUGUUAAUUUAAGUGGGUCUACCCUGAGUAGAACUUAGUUGGAUACAACCUUAAAUUUAGUUGUAAUUAAUUGACUGUAUCUUGACUGAAAAUAUUCUAGACCUUUUAACUAAAGGUCAUUCUGUGCUUGAAGCCUAAUGGCAGUAAAUUGGUGGCAUCUUCCUGCGUUGAUAGUUCCUCCCACUUGGAAGCGGGGUUGGGAAUCAAUCUGCCCUGUCCAUUCUCAGGGGAUUGAUUGGUUUAGAUCCGGGAUGGGAAACCUGUGAUCCUCCAGAUAUUGUUGAAUUCCAACUCCCAUCAGGCCAAGCCGAUAGGGAGGGGUGAUAGAAAAUGUAGCAUAGCAACAUCUGGAGGGCCACAUGUCCCCUACUCCUGUUGUAGAUGAAUAGGGUUGAAGUAGUGAGGAGGUAGUAACUACAACAACAAGCUGAAGUAACUACUUAGAACCCUGCAGCUCAUUGCUCUUCCAAAAUCCUGUUUGAUAGUGUUAUGUGGAAAGGCCACAGUCUGUAGUUCCUCUGGUGCUUCUUCCAACACUACCUGGGCCAGCAGAGAUUUUUAAUGGGUUGCGGGGAGAGAGGCAACAACCCCUAAUCUGCUCCAGAGGGAUGGGGAAAACCCCAAAACAGAUUUAGGAUGCAUGCAGGGGGAGGAGAGGCGGGAACAUUCUGUUGCCAAGUGGAAAUCCUUGCACUGACGGAGCGAGUUAGUGGAAUAUCACCCACCGUGUACAUAAGUUAUAAAAUUAUAUCCAGUAUAACUAUGCCAAGUUAUAUUUAUGAAUUUUAGCAUCUAUAUUCUGCUUUUCUGUCAGUGCCCUUCACGACUACUCACAGGUUCUUAAAAUGGUUCUUGAAAGUAUAUUUGUUCACCUUACAUUGAGUUCUACUUGUUAUUCUUGUAAUUUAAAAAAAAUCCAAUAUACAUAUAUAUUGGAAUUACAGUUGCUGCCCCUGUAAAGCACUUUUGGGGAUUUUUCAGGUUCCUAACUGUCUUUGACAGAAAGGCAUGUACGCAUGCGGUUGUGUAUGCAUAAGACAUAUGUCAAGCAAUCAUACAUGUUGUCUUAACUGUGUCAUAUAAUCUGUUGGCUCAGAAGCUUUUGUAGAUCUGCUUCUUCAUCACAGAGCAGGCUUGUUGACUGUUGCGAAAGUUUGUGAUGGAUUAACCUCAUCACAUUCAGCAGCUUCCUCAUUUUAAGACAGUACUGUGUUUUCUCAGGAGGGGACAAGUGUAUAUAUUAAAACUGCUAAAAUCAGAUAAUUUAAUUCUACAAUUAGACAUAUGCAACUAAGUAUUGUAUGUUGAGUAAAGUUAUUCUUAAGAAUUGUUCUGAAAGCCAAUUUGUUUUCCAGUCAUCAGUUUCUAUUAACUGUUAACUGGAUUUACAUCUGCACUACAGAUUGUUCUACGCUUAUACCAUUAUAACUGUCAUGGCUUUCCCCAAAGACUGUAAUUCAGUGAGGUGUGAAGAAUUAUCUGUUAGGAAUCUCCUUUCCGUCUUGCAGAAUUACAUGCCCCUGAGGGGACCUUUGGCAACAAGGGUUACCUGUUAAACAAGUGGGGUGUAGUUAUCAUCAACACAACAGCAGUGGAGUAGGGGAUCACAACCUGUGCUCCUAGCAUUGGAGGAAGGAGGCCAUCCAGACCCUGGACCCAUUCCAACAGGGUCCCCUUCCCCAAAAAUGAACACAGGAAUCCUAUGCAUAUCUACUCAGAAGUAAGCCCCAUUAAGUGUGUACUCUCAGGUAAGUGUGUACAGGAUUGCAGCCUUUUAAAGUAUUUUAAAGGAAUGUUGAGACUCAAGCCUAGAACUACAGAUUUUGACAUGGAAGAGCGUUCUAAACAUCUUUGUGUAAGAUCUGCACUCUGCUCAUGCAGAGGUAGAGACAGUCUCUUCCUUAUUAGAACUAGAUGUCUUUUCUGAGCCAAAUUUCAGACCCCAAAAACAGGCUAAGGUGUUCCUUAAGAACCUGGUUUUGCCUUAUAGUACUAACAUUAGCUACCCUGCCUUCCAUCCUACCAGCCCAAUGGGACCUAGUGCAACGGUGGGUUUUCAUUAUUAAGGAGUUUUAUUCUAUUUUAAACAGUUUUCCCCAUUUAACAAGAUCAUACACAGUAACAUAAAUAAAAUUCUUAAACAACAGAGGGGGAUGAGCAAAGGGGGUUUCAGUUCGUAGGCUCAACAGUGCCACUGGGAAUAAGGAGUUGCUCUUGUCGCUCAAUAUCACCUCAUGUAAGCAAGUCUGUCUAUGAACACCAGAUAAUUCUGACCGAAAAUGUUCUGUGGAAGGCUCCUUUCUCAUGUGCUGAGUUUAUAAAUCCUCAGAUUGUUUUUUUAGGGAAAGUGGCCUGUUUGUGGUGGGUGUUUCUCUGAGCAUCAUCAGUUUUCCUUGCCCUAAAAAUGGGCAUUUUGUGGUGCCCAAGACAUUAUCUCAGUUUUCAAAAUGCAUCCCUAAUGCUCAAAAAAAGGUUGAGGAUCUAUAUCUUUUCUUUAUGAACUGCCUUCCCAUUUCUACAAUAUUUAGUCUUCACAAAAGUCUUUAACAUCCUCAGUGUGAAAUGAAUCAGUUGCGCACUGUGUGAGUAAGGAACAUUUACCUAAUACUCUGCUACCAGGAAGGAGCAACAGAUAGUGUUCACCACAAACUUUCCAGCACUGUAAAGCACAACUGGCUGAAUAUGCACUACAAAACCUAAGAUGCCUCAUUUCUUUUGGAACGACAAGGAGUAGCACCCAGGCAGGCCUCUCUAAGGAAGAACAACCCAUACCCGACUACCAGUAUUACAGGAUUAAUGUCUCUCUGAUGAUGUGCUGACAGUCUGUGGUCAACAUAACAAAUCUUUUUUUAAAAAAGGAUUGUGAAUCACUGGUCCCUUGAUUUGGGGGGAGCGUGAGAGAGAGGCUGGGCAGAAUCAUUGGCAAGAUGAGAUGCAAGAAAUCUGCAUCCCCCUGGGGCACCUGCAUCCCCCUGGGGCACCUGCAUCCACCCGACACUGCAGUCUGUUCCCUCCUCAGCACUCUGGGCUCCUAGACUAGCUGUCUAGCAGUCAGAGUACCCAACCCUGAUAUCUAUACCCAUUUAGCAUGUGCGUUAAGGCAUGAGUGUUUGCACUCUUUGGUUUUCCUGAACUGUAUGCAAGAAAUUUGGUAUUCUUACCUCUUCCCCCAUGUCAGAGCCUAACUAGUGUUUUGUUUUUAGAUUGGAACUUUAUGCAUAAAAACACCCUGGGAACUGUAGUUUACCCCUCACGGAGCUGUAAUUCCCGACACCCUUAGCAAACUAUAGUUCCCUGGAUUCUUUGGGGGAAGUGUGUAGUGUACACAGCCUAGAUCCAAGUCAAAAAAAUCUUAACAUAUUGCCUCCAUUGUCAAACAUAGAUGGCUUUUGAAAGGAUAUGCAUAUUCACUGCAUUUUGUUUCCAGCUGAGGGUGGAAAUUAUACUGACAUACACUACAGCAAGAAGAAUGCCGUAAAUAAGCAUUAUUUAAAAAUUUCUGAAAGUAUAUACCAUCGUCUCAUAAAAUAUCAGCUACAGCAAUAUAAAUUUAAAAACACACACAUUAAAACGAGCACAGAGCAAUCAUUAACAUGACUGGCGACUCAAGAAAAUCUUGAAACCAACUGCCGUGGCCUAUCAGCAUAAAAAAAAAGUCUUCAAGAGACACCCGAAAGUGACCAACAUGAGCACGCCUGCGAAAUCUCUGCCAGACGAGUGUUCCACAGCAUGGGACCAGCAACUCUAAACGCCCAACUUCUGGUUGAGGCCAGUCAGGCUUCUGUGACACAGGGAACAGCUAACAGCGCUCCUCUGGAUGAUCUCAGUGAUUAGGCUGGGAUAUAAGGGCACAGGUGGCCCUUAAGAUUUCCUGGAGCCACGUUGUUCAGGAAUUUGUAUAUCAACACAAGAGUCUUGAACCUGGCCCGGUAGCAUAUGGGCAGCCAGUGUAUUUGUUUUUCAACAGAGGUGUCGCAUGCUGCUAGUCAUCUGACCCCAACUUCAGCCCCCAGCCUCUCAGAGUCUUAAAAAGGGGUAUAUGCUCAUACUUCUUUUCUAGGCUAAAACACACACAUAAUUAUCUACAUAAAAUGGCUCCCACAACCAGUUUGAUCUACUUAUUAAAUUUAUAUCCCGCCCUCCCACUAGGAGUUCAAGGCAGCAAACAAAAAUGCUAAAAACAUAAUAAAAACAGAGUUUAAAAUAAAUUAAAACAAAACAUCUUUUAAAAUAUGUUAAAACAAGUCUCAACUUAAAAGGCUUGUUGAAAGAGGAAGGUCUUCAGUAGGCGCCAAAAAGGUGACAGAUGGCGCUUGUCUAAUAUUUAAGGGGAGGCAAUUCCAAAGGGUCGGUGCCACUACAUGAAAGGUCUGCUUCCUAUGUUGUGCAGAACGGACCUCCUAAUAAGAGGGUAUUUGCAGGAGGCCCUUCACCUGCAGAGCUCAGUGAUCGACUGGGUAUAUAAGAGGUAAGACAAUAUUUCAGGUAUUCUGGUCCCGAGCUGUAUAGGGCUUUGUACACCAGAACCUUGAACAGCCAGGCCACUAAUGGGCAGCCAGAGCAAUCUCAUGAAACUCAAUGGCUUUGGUUUAUCAUUAACAACCAAUAACAAAAAUACUAUGGAUACGAAUGUUAGUCUGUGCAGUUGCACAAAGUAAGUAUAAGGAAACAAUCUGUCUCUUGUUGACAGAUGAUACAAGUGGUAGAGCACGGUUCGAACAUAUAAAACCGAUUCUGUCCUGCUUGCAUUGGCUGCCUGUAUGUUUCCUAGCUCGAUUCAAGGUGCUGGUUUUAACCUAUAAGCCUUACAUGGCUUAGGACCACAAUACCUGAUGGAACACUUCUCCCAACACAAACCCACCAGUACACUAUGCUCAACAUCUAAGGCCCUCCUCCGGGUGCCUACUCAGAGGUGUGAUAUGUAUAAAGUGUGUUGCUUUUGCAGGGUGCUCAAAUUGUGUAGAUGUGUGACUUUGUGUAAAUGCUGGUUGUUGUUUGGGAGGGGUAAAGAUGUAGUUAGUGAAGCAAGGAAAACAAGCUAAAAUAGACACAAAUACCAGGAAACAGGUGCGACAAAGACAGUUUGUGGUUAGGUUCUGCUCUACCUGUUGGCAGGGGAGGAGGGAGAUAUACCAAAUAUGGGUAAUAAUAAAUAUGAGUAUGGGGGAGCUAAAAUAUGAGUAGUGGGAGAUGUAAACAGAGGCGGGACUUCCUGUGACAUGAAUAGGCGGCACGGAUAGGCUGUAAACCCUGAAGUACUCGAUCAAUGAGGAAACGGGAGGGAAUGAAGCGACGGGCUAUAGGAUAAAAGAACUGUACCAAUGUCACUUGGGUGUGCCUACCUUGUAGACACCCGCUCUUGCAAGAACGUUUAA